AUGCGUGGCGAUACCUCCGGCCAGUUCGAUCGUCUCCUGUCAAGCCCAGUCACUCCAUCCAAGGUCCACCGUCCCUUCUGUCUGGUUCUGGCAGUCAAGAUGGCAGUCGCAAGACCCAUUCGCAUGCUGGGUGCAGCAUGCAUCAUCAUAGUCCUCUUCCUCAUCUUCGAGAUGAACAAGGGACCUUCCGCCAUCAUGAUCAAUAAGGGGUCUCAGCCUUAUGAGGGCAUAAAAGCAGAUCCUCUCUUGGAACCAACCGGGGAACCCGAGGGCAAGUUAUGGCGAGCUGAAGACAACGAUUACGCUCCCGAUAGUCCUAAUUCUGCCCGAACCAACGCGGCGCUCAUCUCCCUUGUCCGAAAUGAAGAGCUAGACGACCUCAUACCGACUAUACGUGAUCUAGAGCGAACAUGGAACAGCAAGUUCAACUAUCCCUGGAUUUUCUUCAAUGACAAGCCCUUUACCCAAGAAUUCAAGAGACGGACGCAAGCGGAGACCAAAGCCAAGUGCCAUUAUGAGCAAGUUCCUAAAGAGCAUUGGGAUAUGCCCAAGUGGAUUAACAAAGACCUAUUUAAAGAGUCGGCGGAAAUUCUGAAGGAGAAGGGCAUCCAAUACAGUGACAAGGUAUCCUAUCAUAACAUGUGUCGGUGGAACAGUGGAAUGUUCUAUAGGCACCCGAUUCUCGAGAAGUAUCGCUACUACUGGCGUGUCGAGCCCAAGGUCCAGUUUUUCUGCAACAUUGACUAUGACGUAUUCCGGUUCGUUGAGGACCGCAAUAUCACAUAUGGUUUCACCAUCAACCUCUUCGACGCUCCCGAGAGUAUCCCUACACUGUGGCCAAAGACGAAGGAGUUCCUUGCUGCGAAUCCGACCUAUCUCUCAGAUAACAACAUGAUGGAUUGGCUUGUAGAUGACAAACUGCGGCCCGAGCAUACGAAGGCCGCCAAUGGAUAUUCUACCUGCCAUUUUUGGUCCAAUUUCGAAAUCGGAGACAUGGAGUUCUUCAGAGGCGAAAAGUAUUCUGCUUACUUCGAUUAUUUGGACCAUGACGGUGGCUUCUACUACGAAAGAUGGGGCGAUGCUCCUGUGCACUCGAUUGCGCUUGGCCUAUUCGCUGACAAAUCUAAGGUCCACUGGUUCCGCGAUAUUGGAUACCGUCAUGUUCCCUAUUUCAACUGCCCCAAUUCGCCCAAGUGCUCCGGCUGUACCCCUGGUCAAUUCUACGCUGGUGAGCCCUGGCUGGCCAAGGAGGAUUGUCGGCCCAAUUACUUCAAAUAUGUCGGAACGCAUUAA